UAGCUCCAGGCUCCAACCUAAGAGGGAUAGCCUCCAACCGAACUCGCCCAAGUUCACAGACCAACCCGCAGUCAUGGGUUCUAGUCGUGGCUGGAUGUAGAUCGUCCUUUUCAAGUUCGUUGGAAAUUUGCCGCUUGCACGCCCAUCUUCGGCGAUGCAUUCGAUGGGUGUGAUCUUCUUUUUUCGUUGCUCGCGGAGCUAUUAUCUCAAGUCGCAAAGGCGCAGCCUGCCUUGAUUCGAAAAAAGAAUUUAACUGGCAUUUCGUUUGAGGGAUGAAUUUGAGGAGGGUCCGACGCAUGUUUGUUGAAGGUUUCACUUUCGGUGCUGUCUGGCUUUUCCACAGCCCUACAAGUAACAUGUCUUCUUUGCAGAUACAAAGUGUGUUUCAUGAACCUCUGCUCACCCAUACUACAUCAUACCACCGAGCAUAGUCACUUCAGACUACCUCUUGUGGCAUGACGCAUGCACCCUAAGGGCUGUGCACAUCACCUUCCACACGAAGCAUGCACCUCCGACAUGGUCAUGUUUUUUGUGCAAGGUGCAGAUCCCUUGUAACGUAGGCCUUCUUUUUCUCGGGAUGGAUGAGCAAACUCCAAGUUCGUGAACAUUCGGCUGAGCUCGCUAUGGGUUUUUGGGGUCUUCCCUAAGAAUCUUCCAUGGGCAGGGGUCGGACCUUCUCCACCUUCAACGCACGGGGGAGUUCCGGGCCCGGUUCCCAAAACCGGAUUGUGUUGUGUGUUCGGGCUUGGCUCGUCAGUCACUUUCAAGAGUUUGGCUCUACCCUGGCAUGGAACCUCAAGUUCGUGUAGAAAAACUCUUCAAGAACACUUAGUACCGGAAUUUCCAGGACGGGUGCCGUUUCACCGGUCACGUCACAUCCAUCUGGAUGCAUGGGUACUAUAUAGCCACACCACCCAACUCGGACAUGGCCAGCCCGCUGCGCCAGCCCGCUGCGCUUCAGCCAGCCCGACGCAGCCUCCGGGCACCCUCAUCUCCACACCGCCUCAGCACCCCUCGUCGGCGUGGUCGUACCGUUCCCACCAUCGCAGAGGACGGCCAGGGACUCUUUCAGACCUCGGCGCGAGGGCGGUCGAAGUCCGGCCGGUCGCCCACCUCCAGCCCACUGGACAAGCGAGUCUAUGUGACGCUCGCCUGGCACAAGGCUGGGACCCAGCUGAUGCGGAACACCAUGCGUUGGAUCUGGGACUUGCUGGACGCCCGUGAAGCCUGCAGGUAUGACGGUUAUGGAGUGGACCUCAUCUCGCAUGGCUUCUGGGAGCAGGACUGCCCAGAGCACCCGGACGUCAAGAUCCGCUUCAACAACCACGCGAACCAGACCUUCCUGCCAGCUCUCCGCGCGGACACCGCCAGCUCUGGCGGAUUCAAGGGAGUGAUGACCCUUCGAGACCCCUUGGAGAUGGUCAUCUCCUCCUAUUGCUACCACCACCGUGGCGCUGAGCCCAAGAACCCCAUCUCCGUUGGGAUGGUCGAGCUGGGUCCCAAGGAGGGCGUCCCAGAGAUGGCCAAGCGCAUGGCGCCGAUCAUACGCGAUAUGUUCGAGGUCUUCCAGGUGGCCAAGCCGGAAGUCUAUGUGAGCCACUUCGAGAGAAUGACUGGGAGCUCCAGCGGUUUCAAUCAAACUGUGAAGGAGAUCUUGGACUUCCUCUUCGGCGACGAGGUCUCCGACCACUUCAAGCGCCGUGCACUGGACGCGGCGGCGCACGAGGAUUUGAACCGCGGGGAGGAUGGCUUCAGCUUCUCCUUUCACUCGGAGGCUGACAACCAAGUGAACCAUACCAGUGAUGAUCAAGAACUGAAUGAAGCACGGUCCUAUUUGUCGCUGGUGGACCAGGAGCUUCUUGAAGAGCUCCUCCAUUUCCAGAAGGCCCUCGGCUACCCCCCGACCGCUGUGAAGUAGCUCUUUUCACCCGCAGCACCCGGCCUCCCAGCGAGUGCGCUGGGGGGUGCGGUGGUAUCGUGUGACUUCCACUCCCUGGAAUAAGCAUGGUCCAACGUGGAA